GAAAGUUUAACCUGCAACGAGACAGAAAGUCUGUUGGAAAAGGCUGCCACUAAACACUUUUAAAGAUUACUGCAAGUCCUCAACAGAUUCCAGAGAUUUUUCUUUUCACAAUGGAUCAGUUACGCCCAAAGCUUUUUGACUUCCACGGUGUGUCUAUGACACAUUUUUUUACCGACAACUGGGACAAAGUCCAGAACUUUAAAGCUAAACCAGAUGACAUUGUUGUUGCCACAUACCCUAAAGCAGGUACCACUUGGGUUUGCUACAUUCUUGACCUACUUUAUUUUGGUCAGACGUGUCCUGAGCGUGAAAAAUCUGUCACUAUCUAUGACAGAGUGCCAUUUUUGGAGUUUAUCUGCCCACAAUAUCCUACAGGAAUAGACAUGGCAGAUACGUUGCCUACCUCUCCUCGCAUCAUCAAAACUCAUCUGCCUGUUCAGUUUCUACCCAAGUCCUUCUGGCAGCAGAACUGCAAGAUUGUUUAUGUUGCUCGCAACGCUAAGGACAAUGUUGUUUCCUAUUUCCACUUUGACAGAAUGGAAAAGGUACAACCAGAGCCAGGAGACUGGAGCAGUUUCUUACAAAGAUUCAAAGAAGGAAAGAUGGUGUUUGGCUCCUGGUAUGACCAUGUAUGUGGGUGGUGGGAAAAGAAAAGGACAUACUCCAAUAUUCACUAUAUGUUCUAUGAGGAUCUGGUGAAGGACACUGGACUUGAGAUUAAAAAACUUGGCUCCUUUCUUGGUUUAUCCACAUCCGAAGAAGAGAGGAAGAAGAUUGUAGCAUGUGUUCAGUUUGAUGUCAUGAAGGCGAAUCCCAUGACUAACCUUAGUGAUGAUCCAACACUAGACUGCAGUGUCUCUCAAUUCCUGCGAAAAGGUAAAGUCGGUGACUGGAAGAAUCACUUUACUGUGGCUCAGAAAGAACAGUUUGAUGAACACUACAAGCAAAAGAUGAAGGACACAAAUUUACAGUUCUGUGAAGAGAUUUAGAUUUUUUUUAAAUCUUGUCGAAGCACCAAUUAGUUAAUAGGUGUAAGGUUUUAUAAUAUUGUAAGACAUUGUAAUCUAAUAAGAAGAUUCCUGUGCCCUGAGAACGAACCCCUAACUGUGCUUCUUUAUGCUUUCUGUGGUAACACCUUCUAUAUCCUGUACCCAGACGAGUAUAUACAGUAUAAAUAUAUAUACAAUAUAAAUGUUAAUGUAAAAAGCCGACAUUUUUAGAAAUGUAAAUUUGUUAUUUUAAUUAAGCAGGUUGUACUAUGUACUUGGCAGUUUACUGUAAAUUGUGUGUGUACAUGAACAUCAGUCUAAAUUACAUCUGUGAAUCAUUGUCCCUUUGAUUUUCGGUUCAGUUCAAUAAAGCUAUUGUUUAUUGUCUCAAACAAC